AUGAGUAACGACACGAAAUAUUUUGUUCGUUUACGGAUCGGACAUAAAUCCGAAAUGCUUGAUCGUCCUACGUUGACUGGCAUGACUCAUCGAUGGACAGUGUUUGUACAUUCUUUCAGUGGAAUGCCAUUUACAGACCGCAGUUUUAUUUCAAAGGUUGUCUUUGAACUGCAUCCCGAUUUUUCGUCUCCACGACGAGUUGUAAAAGAACCUCCUUUUGAAGUGAGUGAACUGGGUUAUGGCGGAUUUUCAAUUCCAAUUCACAUCACUUUUACAGGCGCAAGCAAAGUCUACAAGCUAACGUAUGACAUGAAUCUCGUAUUAGAGAAAUAUAACGAACAAUUCAUUACGCAGACUAUCGAAAUGAAGCAGCCAUCGUCAUCGUUUCGGGAACUAAUUUUAAAAUAUGGUGGAGCUAAAAAGGAUUCCGACAAACGAAAGGAAAAGCAUCGAUUACGAAAAGGGACAACAAGUUCUUCCGAGGAGCCGGCUCCAAAAAGGGAAAAAGAGAAAGAAAAAAGCCGUUCUGGAAGCAAUCCACCUUUAAGUAAAUUAAAAAUCCCGCGCGCUCUUGUUGAUGGUGAAAAAAAGCAAAAGAAUUCUAGAUCCGCUUCAUCUGAAAAUAUCGCAAAUAUUCCUAAAUCAAUAGUUCCCGCAGAAAUUAAAAUAUCGAAUAAUGAACCAAAAACAAAUGACCUACCAGAAAUGAAGCAAACGGAGACGACAAGUUCGGAACCAUCAACAUCAACCGAAUCAAAUUGUUCGGAUUCGGAAACUUCAAAAAUUACAACGUUCAGUACGGAAAGCACCGUUUCAAUGACUUCAACGCUUGAAAGCGAUUGCAUGAUCGAAAAGCAAUACGGUUUUGAAUUUCUAGUUCGAUUGCAAAAGAAAUUAAUGACACUGAAAGAUCCAGAUAAAAUGUUAGCAGUUGUUAAUACCUUGCUAACGCCCACAUCAUGCAGUUCCAGUUUGCCAUCGGGUUUGUUGUUUACCGACAACAAUUUGUUGUCAUUCGAUAUUUGCAAGUUGAAUUCGUCACUCAUCGGUAAAUUAGGUGAAAUUUGUUUUGGAAAUACCACCUAA